CAACUCAGCCGUGCGCUCCUUCUCCAAUAACGGCAACGAGCACCCACUCGCGGCGCAUGUCGCGCUGGCUCGGGAUGCGGCCCGGCGGCGAGCGGCACACCCCGCUCACGAAAUGACUACAACAACGACCACAACCCAACUCGAUCCGGCCCCGCCCUGCCUUCUCAGACGACACCAUGACGUCCGACCACGUCGGUCAAGUCGCCACCGUCCAGCGCAAGAGUGUACUCCGCGCGCUCCGUAGUCGUACGUCUAAGCCAAGCUGACUUCUUUGCUACCGAUCGUGAACGUGGUAGAGGUGGGAUUCCGUGCGUCGGUUUGCAUCGCGAAGGCGCGUGUGUGUGAGUGCGGGUCCGUGGCGUUUCCGGGCCUUAUUCCGUGCCCCGAUGGGGGGAACGCGAUCGUGUCCUCUCCCGACUCGGCGGCGUUGGUGGCGGCACGGGCCAACCUCGCCGCAUUCGUCGUCUAGCGUGCUGCCGGCGAGUAGCCCGCGAUCAAUACGGCUCGGAGAAGAAAGACGGCCGGUUGUUGAGGGGACGACCGUGCAAAAGUGAGCGGCGGGACGAAGAAGAAGGUGUUUCGCGAUGCACCUGCACUUCGAGCGCAGUUGGUCGUCGCGCACCGACUGUUCGGUGCUGUCUCUCACGUGGAUGGGCAAGGUGCCCGACGAGCUGCCCGAGGAAGACGGCUGGCGACUGAACCGCGUCAACUACUACCAGGACGGCUGGCUGGCGUCCGGCAAUGCGCGAGGCAUCGUGGGCGUCACCUUCACCACAUGCCACUGCCGCAAGACGGCCGAGCACCCUCAGCGCACAAACUACAACCUUCGCGGACACCGGUCUGAGGUGACGCUGGUCAAGUGGAACGAGCCGUACCAGAAGCUAGCGUCGUGCGACAGCAGCGGCGUGAUCUUCGUGUGGAUCAAGUACGAAGGGCGCUGGUCCAUCGAGCUCAUCAACGACCGCAACACCCAGGUGACCGACUUCGCCUGGAGCCACGACGGCCGCAUGGCGCUCAUCUGCUACCGCGACGGAUUCGUGCUCGUCGGCUCGGUGGCCGGACAGCGGUACUGGUCAUCCACGCUGCACCUUGACCGCGCGGCCGUGCUCUGCGGCAUCUGGACGCCCGACGACCACCAGGUAUUGUUCGGCACAUCGAACGGUCAAAUCCUGGUGAACGACAUGCACGGCGAGCUAGUGGCUCAGGUGACCCUGAAUGAGGACGCCGCCAUCGUUGCCAUGGCGUGGUCCUGCGAGAAGUUCAAGAUGGAAGAGGCAGACGACGAGAACAGCCGAACAGCGGCGGCCUCCAAUGGAGACGCCUCCUCCGUCCCGCCCGCACAGGCUCCCGAAUCCAAGCUAUCCGUCCUGGCCGUUUGCUUCAGCAACGGAGCCAUUCAUGUCAUGAAGAAUUAUGACGACAUCUCGCCUACCAUCAUCAACACUGGUCUCAAAGACAUCAAAGUGGAGUGGUCUAACAGCGGCGAAGUGCUCGCUGUUGCCGGCGUCGCAUCGGAGUCUACCGACGGCGACUGCCGGAAUCGGAUCCACUUCUACACGGACGCAGGACUGCUUCGUUUCGUGGCCUCCAUACCGUACACACAGAGCCCAGUGACGGCGCUGACGUGGGGUCACAACGACAAGCGGCUAUUCGUAGCCACGGGUAGCGUCAUUCAUAUCGGCUGGGUGACGAGGCGCAUGGCCUCGCUGCAACUGCUGUCCCGGUUAACGCUGCACCGGGCACUCAGGGACGAGGCGGCCGUGCACACGCUUCCUUUGCCCAGGAGGAUGCGUGCCCUGGUGGCCAACCUCUUCGGGCAAACCGUCAAGUGCUAUCUACCGGAGGCGCACCAGCUGCGGGAGUUUGUGUCCCGUCCGCACCACGUGCGUCUGCACUGCACCAUGGUGCGCCACGACACCGAAGACCUGGUGUCGGGCAGCGCCACCUACACCCUGUUCCUCGAGUACCUGGGUGGCCUGGUGCCGCUACUGAAGGGCAAGCGCGCCUCCAAGCUGCGGCCCGAGUUCGUCAUCUUCGACCCCGAGCAGCCGGCCGGACAGGCCGGCGGUGUCCUCCAGGGGUCAUCAUAUGGCCGCAGCUCGCCCGGUGCCGAGUCGGGCACAAUGUCUACUACUUUGAGGGAUGCCACAGUUGGCGCGGCCUUGGCGUCCGACAGUGAUGCAGACGAAGGCUGCGCCUCCUCUCCAGGCCGCCGCCGAAGAGCCGCGCGCAACGCGGCUGCAGCGGACGCAGCACUCGCGGGCGACGGCAUCUCGCUGUCGUCGUCCCGCGGUGGCUGCGUCGGUGCAGCGCGCCGCGAGCUCCUCUACACGGACGAGCUCCCCGAGCGCGAGAAGAUCGUGGCCGUGACGUCCAACCUCUGGGGCACCAAGUUCAAGGUGCUGGGCCUGGCCCGCUGGCUGCCGGCCACGCUUGGCACGGUCACGUACCGCACCAGCCUGCUGCACCUGCAGCCGCGCCAGAUGACGCUCCUCAUCAAGGAGUUGCAGGGCCCGCAGCCGCCGGCCGCCUCUUCCUCCUCUUCUUCCUCCUCUUCGCGCUCACUCGUUCUCCACAACGGCACCACCGUGACGGUGGCCGGCUCGCCCGUGGGCACUGCGGCGCAGGCGGGCGCUAGCUUCUCGGAGGACGAAGACGACGACAUGUGCGACCCUGUGGCGAGCGAGGAGACCGCGGCGCCAAUCGCCCCGAUGACACCCAAGAAGAAGUGCGGCAUGGGCCGUUCUCCAGGCCUUCCGGAUCCCGAGACCGGCGUGCUGCCCGGCGACGGGGAGCAGGCCGUUACGGGCUGCGCCAAUGGCGGCUGCGGCGACGAGGAGUACCUGAUGCUCGAGACGACGGCCGCGGCCGGCGUGCAGCGGCUCACGCUGCGCCAGGCCGGCCACAGCAGGUCACAGGGCACCACCAUGUCGCUGCCGGCCGCCGACGCCCUGCCAGGAACCUCCUCGUCCGCCUGCCAAGACGAAGCCACAUCACCGUCCAAGAGGCCACAGGCCGAACUCAGGCCCGAGUCGAGGCCCGGAUGCGCGGGUUCUGGAAUUACGGCGCUUCUUUCGUCGCAGGGGGAGUCGGCCCCCCACAGGUCCGGCGCUGCCCCCGGGGCAGCAGGCGUCCGGCACCUGCUGGACCCGGUGCCCCGCUGGGCGGACAAGGCCGCCGAGCUCAAGUACAUCGACGACGAGCAGCCCGACGAGGGCGUCGUCGGCGACGUGGCCUCGGUGCUGCUGCUCAGUCACCACCGGAACCGGAGCAGCAUCGGGCCGCCCAACGCCGACUUCCUGGUCGGCGACCCGCGAAGCCGCGGUUGCGACGCCCGCCGGCUCACGCUGAGGUCGGGCUCGUCCAUACCGCAGCAGCAGCUGCAGCAGAUGCAACAGCAGCAGAGCACGCACAGCGUGUCGCAGGCGUCUUCCUCCUGCGCCACCUCUAGGAACUGCGACGACGCCGCGGAAGUGGCGCGCGCACUGCUCGCCGAAAAGCUGCAGUACAGAAACACCGAGGAGCCUGCCUGCGUGUGCGAGGCAUCGCAGAGCUCCUCGCCGGCGACUGCUCGCAAGCAGCGGUUCGCCGAAGAGAACCCGUUCGUGUGCACCACCACCUCAGCGGACUGCGGCGGCGCCUCGCUGGCCAUCCACGCGGCGGGCAGCUCACGUGGCACCGCGCCAGGCAACUCGCCGUCUCCGCAACCGACGCUGUGCAGCGGUGCACCCUCUGAGGACGAAGGAAACCGGACGACGAGCCGCGAGAGCACGCCAUCGGCAAGUCCUUGCCGCCAGCCCCGACGACACCGGGGGUCCCUACCCAUACCCGGUGCAGCCGGGGGUGGUGCGUCAACACCGGGGCUGGGCGCCGUCAGCGCGGGAGACGAGAGCGGUGGCUCGGCGCCGUCAUCACCGGCUCUGAGCCGCAGUAUCCCGUCGUCGCCGGUGUCCGGCCGGAAGAGUCGGCAGCAACAGCUGCGCACGCUGCUCUACAGUCCGUUGCUUCUGCGCAAAGUGCGCGGCGGCCGCGGACAGCGCAGCGGAGCCGUCCUCGACAGCUCGGACGAAGAAGGCGGCCAGAGCGGCGAAGAGGUGCUCUCGGACGGCUUCCGCGACCUCGAGAGCAUGCAGAAGGCGCACAUACGAAAGAAGUUAAAGAAGCGCCACGGCAAGGUGCACCAACAGGAGAUGCUGCCGCCCAGCAAGCCACCGCCCAUGUACCGCGAGUUUGUGCUGCACAACAAGGCUCCCCUGUGGAACGAAGUGAGCCAGGUCUACCAGUUGGACUUUGGCGGUCGCGUCACGCAGGAGUCGGCCAAGAACUUCCAGAUAGAGUUUAAAGGAAACCAGGUGAUGCAGUUCGGCCGCAUCGACGGCAACGCCUACACUCUCGAUUUCCAGUACCCGUUCAGUGCCCUCCAAGCAUUCUCCGUCGCUCUCGCCAACGUAACGCAGCGACUGAAGUGACACGCCGCGCUCUUCAAGAGUUGAACACACUCUCUCUCACAGUGCUCGCGCUCCGUAUUUCAUUCUUUCUUUCUCACUCUCCGCGCGAGAACGACCUGCGCGCUCCUGUCCGCGGGAUUCGGAGACUGAAGAAGAGAAAGAAAAAUACCAAGCAGAAAGCUCAACUCAAUGCUGGGCGACAUGACGGGUGAAGGACAACGAAGAAAAGGCCAGAACAGGAGAGUGACGGUGGCUUCAAACGGAACCGCUACCCCGAAGGUUGAAUGCGAGAAUUCGAGGCAUCAGCUGGUAUUGCCGUGUUCCAGUGUGCGAGAGCAGUGUCCCUGCUUUUCUAUGUAGUGGGCAACCAGGCCGUGUGGAGAAGCUGCGAACGUUAAGUUGCGAGAGUAGUGUAUCCGGAGCUUCCAGCAAAGUGAAUAAUUUCUUUCUUUCCUUCUUUAUUGGCUCCUUCCCCCUCGCUCUUUCUCUCUAUGGCUCUACGAAACGAUGCGCUGGUUUCUUUUACCCGGUCGUCACCCCAUUCUACUGCUGAGUUCUCCGGAAGAAGGUGUUAUUCGCGCAUUCUCUAGUUUGAAAGGUUUACGUUUCCACUCAUAGAGAUUGUGUACAAAAUACGCGCUUUAGUGUCUCUUGUUGUAACCAACGUUACCGCAAGAAAAAAAAAAGCACAUGCAUGCUCCGACUCGAUCUCAAAAUAUAGUGCACGCCCAAAUUAACACUGAGCGUAAUGCCGUGGCUGUGCAAGAAGUCAACGAAGUGGCUGGGAUGGUUCACUUAACGGGGAGUUAUGGUGCUCAAAUACUCUCACAAAAAAUCUAGUCAUUAGUUAUGGAGCGUGAAAGGUUUGGGUUAGGGGCAGUUCAGGGUGUUGAGGUGGUACGUUUUAGUCGUUAUCGUUAUUUAUGAAAUGCACGGGAACGCAGUCAAACAGCUGUCUUCUUUCAUGCUGUGAAAAAUGUGCAUCGCUUGACAGCAUGAUUGAAUACUUCUUUCAUGCGUCUUGUUGGCAGCUAGAAUCACACUUUCACGCUGGCCCGCCAAUGUAGAAACUUUACUCACGCGAUCAGUGUAGUCACUAUAAGGUUCGAAACUUUCGAGCCAAAGAACAACAGCGCAUCGCUGAGUGCAUUAGUGACGCAAUCUCCUUUUACGUGCUCGUCGCUUGUAUAGAUCCAAGCCUCGUCCAGUUUCUCAAUUAUGGUAAAUUUGCAAGCCCAAAUUACAGAGGCUUUUAUAGGACUUGCUUGGAGCAGACGUUGCAUAUAGUUGGUACAACUCUCAGGGCGCCGUUUGUGCAUCGAAAACGCCUUUCAUUCUCUCGCGCACGUGCAAUUUAGUAAUUAUCCACAAGCUUGCGUUGUAGAAAACAAACCAGACGUUCGUGUGAAGGGUAGAUCUGCUGAAAUAACGCUUACCUGAGGCUCUGCAACACAUGCAGUAUGUUUUAAAAGAAGUGAACAUAUUUGUGGUCUUAGCAAAGUUUUUUUGGCGGACAACAGAAUACGCUAACUCGAGACCCUAAAAGAAUACCGCCUCAGUCUUCAAUCCUCAGGCGCUACCGUUAGACGACAUCAAUGUGGAAGUGAAGAAAGUCAUUGCUGCCACUGGGAGUUUUACAGUCUCUUUCUGUACUUGAAGUGAUUCCCGAGCGAGCUACCAGAAAAACAUACCAGACUUGCUGUAAACUUCGCAUGGUUAAUCAUCUUCAGCGUAACCGCUGGUUCAACCAACUGAGCACCUUAACGCCACGUUUGCUUAGUAGUAAGACGUCAUAACGAGAAUCUCCGAGUCCUAGUUUACGUUAUAUAGUUAGCUGUGCUUCAAACCGCAGGCUACGGCUACACGCUGUCGUUGACGGCCAAUCAAAACUGGAAACUAAUAAUCGCAGCCAUGAACCAAAGCGCGGUGCGUUAUUAGCCCGUCUGAACGCGCUUUCGUAAGGCUUGCACGUUUUGAUAGUCCUAAUCGUCAAGCCGAGCGAGCAUUUUUUGGUUUCUUUAGCUACGCUGAUACCACGCCCUCUGAGGGCAUAAGCUAACGAGCCCAAUCUAGAGAGCCUGUCUAUAGAGUAAGACAAACGCUCCCAACGUAACUAUAGCUCUUUCUUUAUGCUUAGACGAAACUAGCUGCUUUUGGGCAGCCGAGCACAGUUUCUCGCUUUUCCUAUACCUACUCUAUGUGACCCUCGCAGAUUUGUUGUUGCUGUGUUUCCCAGCGGGUGAUUAAGAUCACGUGAUACUUUUGUCGCGAGAGCUGGCGCUGGCCUGGAUGUGACUAAUCGAAACACAAAUCCUCCGUGAUAACCAAGGCACUUGCACGUGUCCUGGCAAAAUUCAUUUUUCGAGUUGUUUCACAUAUUGGCUCACGCAGUCGCAAGAAAGGUUAGAUGAUGCCUACUUGGUAGAUUCGUGUUAUAAAAGGGAAUAGAUGAAACAGUAAUCAACUUCGAUUGGUAUGCAUAUGAACUGUGUUGUAGAAGAUAGGAAAACAAGGACGGCGCAGAUAUGCAUGAAACGUUUAUCACUAAGCGCAGUGUCCAGUCUGUUAACGUUUAGAGCAAAUGCUGUACAGGGCCUCCAGCGUGAGAGCAAAAGCUAGAGGCGCUGUCACUUAUUGACUAUGUAGAUCACAUUUUUGUUGAACGUUUUCUAUGUUGUAGACCUACCCUGUACAGUCGCACAAAACUAUGAAAGCAGCGGACGAAGCUGGUGGUUCAGUGGUUGUCGAAUGGUAAUCAAGUUUAGCCUCUUACCCUUUGCGGCAAACUUGGGCACGAACGCUGAGAAUGACACGGUCACGCGGUUGUCAACAAGAACGGGUCCCGGCUUUUAGCGUGCGCACUCAUACUCAUACUCUAUACAUAAUAAUAAGCCUGCAUGCGUGCGUAUGUGAGCGAGGAGGCAUUCUAAUGUGUAUGUAAAGAUAACAUGUCUUCGCUUUCUACGCGACACAGAUAGAAGAAAAAGUGUAACGCAAGAACCUUUCUGCUAUGUUUAACAGCUUGUUGCUAUUGCGAAGCUAUGGAGAUGAGAAAGAAGGCUCACCGUUUCUCUAAGCUUCGCAGCUUUCCGUGCUUUCAGCUGAGUGUUUUUGUUUCACUCGGCGGGCACGUUGUGUUUGUCGCUUUCUGCUCCGCGGGAACUGUGCAAUGAUCAGCGUAUAGAGACGAUAAUGUGCAUACACAUGUGCGCGCUCAUUGGAGUGCGAGGACCGUUCAUAUAUUUUGUCGCUCCCGUCAUCUUCAAAAUGGUGCAAUCACCUCACCCGGCCGUUGCCACUGUCUUCACGCCACAUUGCUGGUUUGUUCCAUUGUUUGUGUGGCUGCUGCUGCUGCUCGCCUGUUUUUGUUUGUGUACUUUUUUUUUGCCAGAAACAUCUACAUACAUGUGUGCGCGAUUGAACAUGUGUGCGUGUGACAGUUUUGUGCGUGGAUCUCCACGUGAUUGACGCGUGCUUCUAUUGCCACCCCAGUUUGCAUGUGCGACGUGUAAAACUACGAAAAACAGCUAUACUUACUUUAUCAAUCUUCACCCACUUUUUCCCGGCCCCCUCGUUUUCCUCCACAACAAGCAACACUUCGCCCUUCACUUUUUGAAGCCUAUAGGAGCAUUUCAACAUAAGCCGUAAACUAGCACACGCCAUAUUGUAUCUGCGCAUAAUAACUCUUUUCCCACCACUCCGCUCUUUCACAAUGCUACAUUGCCUGUUUACGACGUAUACCCGCGUUGAAACUGUACGCAUGCGUCGUGUUCUCACUGAAUCACUCUCACGGAUGCUCCACUCGUCUUCGCGUGACGUCACCCUUGAUGAACGCCUCGUUAGAACGGCGGGCAUGCUACGAAUACGUUUCGGAACGAAGAGACGUGAAAAUAACGCUGACGUGUUCCAGUUCUGUCGUCGCGUCCUCUUUCGGCUGACGUCCUGGAAAGUGAUGCAUCAAGAAUACGGCGCAAUGUAUUGCGAAUAAGAAACUGCCGUACCACUCCGCUUCUACAGUCACGUGACGCUAUAGGACGCAGUGCGUGAAGUGUAUUUGUAAGCGAGAAAUCAAAAUCUUAACCAGUGACCCCUGCGAAAUUAAAGGGUGGUCUUACCACAAAAGGAGACUUCAAACGGCCUAUGCAUUCCCAACACACGUAAUCAUGCGUCAACACUGGGCAAACAAUAACUCGUAUGUUUGCAAAACGAUUGACGAAGCUACUGUUGGACUUUAGAAGAACGGGUUAUUGACCCAACAUCUCGAGUAUUACCGCUUGCGUUGGGUAUUCCGCGUAUAUGCAUACCGUAUGGAACAGUUCACCCAAACCAAAAAUUCAUGCAAAUUAAAAAUUUAAAGACUUUCAUUGCUUUUAAAAUGUUCUAAGUACUAAACGCAAGUACUUAUGGUGAAAAAAGGCAUGUCAUAUACAAACUUGGGCUGUUACCAGAGUAACUAAGAAUUGAAAUGAAAUAUCGGAUCCCAACUUGCUUUCAAGUGUAAUCCAUAAAUUAUAGCAUGGACACGAAAAAUUUUCUUUGGCAGUGUUUAACGCAGAAAACGUACACUUUAAUACUGAGCGCAAUACCAAUUCACCCGCGCAUUUCAUUAACACCUACCCUGCAAAAACUCGCAAACCGAUUUUGAACUCAGAAACACCGCUACAAGAGGACGAAGACGAGAGGACACAAACACGGCGCUGUGUUUAUACCAACCAGCCUAAUUCAAGACGCUAAUACUCGUAAACCGUUCGCCUUCUUUCUUUGGACUUUACAGUGGAAAAUGCCCGAGUGUCAGCGCUUAAAGCUGGAAAUACAUUGCAAAUAAAGCCCUUAUUUUAAAGCCUGGAGUGGUCGUAUAACCCUUCCCGCACCCCGUAAUAAAAGCCACGUGCAAAAGUAUGUGUCACACGAGUGUCACCAAAGAAUUUGAAAAUAAUCAGAAAGAGCCGUUGUGCAGCGUCUACGCAAUUGCCGAAACUCCCGGGCAAACUUUAGUCUACAAAACGCGAAGUUCUGGCUGAAGGGGCGUCGUUUCCAGGCCUUAUGCAGUAAGCGCCAAGCACCCCUGAACUGAAUACUUUCAGUACGUAGUAACAAAGGACAUAAGUGCGUAUUUAUUUCUCGUUUUGACACGAAGUGGCUUGCACGAUUCCUUAAAAAUAACAACUACAUUCAGCUAAUACAAGAAUAACUCAAAGCUAAACAGCUUUAUUUUUGUGCCGUGUUUCUAGCGUCGCUUACGUGAUUUGAGCAGACAGUGCACCCCUUGAUAAAUUUGAGUACUCUGUUUAUCGAGGAAUGUUACAUGUGUUAGCACGUAAGGGACGUGUGGAAGGUUUACGCGUGGUUUUCCACUUGCCAAGUGACAUUUCGCUCUGUCACUGUCGCGCAAUGUUUCGCCUUAUCUUGCCGUAUCUCAGUGCGGCCGAGUUGUUGAUAACAAGUAUCCCUGACGGAUAAUCCCAGUAAUAUGAUUAGAUUACCGAUGUUUAGGAAGCUCACUGUGCAGGUGGGUAAAUUCUGGAGAAAGUAGGUUGUCAUCAUUCGCUUAUCUGUAACGAUAGCGCCUCGCGAAACAUGAAAUUGUCGCUGAUUCCUUGUCUAGAAGAAACGUAGUAAUUGAACCCAAACGCGGGCGACCUUACGAAAUUAAGCGAUAUGAUAUCAACGCAAGCCGAAGUAGUAAAGAAAGCAGUGACAGAAAGUGUAGCUGUUUUUGUUUGACGCAUUUCGAAUUCAUGACACGGCAUAAAUGAGUGCGUUUUUGGCGCCUAUUCAUUAUUUCAAGUACACUCGAACUCUAUAAAUGCUACUUUUAACGAAUGUUCCUGAAGGCAGGAAUUGUUUGGGAAGAAGCAAGAGGAAGCACUUGUGACUAGCUUUCACAAGAGCGCAAAAAUAUGUGUUGUUGCUUAUUUGUUUGUUUACGUUAUACGGCUCAACGCAUAUUGUAAAAACUCUGUAACCUCAUCAAUGAUGACUCCAAAAUCGUCAAUUCCCUGAGCAUAAUCACAACUGUCCUUUGCUCUCAGUACACGAUAAAGACGCAGCUGACCCAGAAAUGUAAAUACUGUAACCGCACGCUUAAUAUUCCCAUUACAUACAAAAUACCGUAUUUCUUUACGAUGAAAUAUUCUCGAAAAUUUCGGCAGACGCCGUGAACGGUAAAAUAAAAAUAAUAAAUGGCGAGACAGGAGGUGUACGAACCACGUCUUGGUGUUUAUUUCUGAGCACACCAGAUAGGUUAUCGUCCUACAUGUAGCAGCUAGCUCACGUUGGGUUAAAUUUCAUCAUGGCCAGAAGACUACGAUCACACGCUCAAAUUUUUUUUUACCAAGUUUUCUUAGUAUUUAACUUUAACGCUGCAGAUUAGCGGUCAGUCACUCGCAAGGGCUCGGGAAGUUUAACCUGUGAUUAUAGCCGUUCGUAGGGGCUGACUUAGAGAAGAUUACCAACAGUAAAUCCGUCAGUUCUUCAAUGGCCGUUACGAUUUUCAUAAAGUGAAUAUCAUGCAUAGUUUUUGAAGAACAAAGUGUAUAUUUUCUCAGUAACAUCUACACAAAACAAUUAAAUACAGGUCAUAGCUCAGCGUAAAGGACUUGGUUAUAGAGAAAUCAGAAGCGAUAUCUGUGAAACACGAUCUUUUGACGACCACUAUAGAGGUGCCAUGACAAGGAAAGAAUAUUGAGCUCGAACCAUAUCGUUCCUUAGAAAUGUGAGAAAUACAAUUUAAUGUCGCCCUCACACUAUUGGCUGUUCAACGACAAAAUACAAGUCACUGUUCUGCGCAGUAAUUUUGUCCUUCAGAGUAAUCAAUAGAAUUUUUCGCCGUGAGUGAUAACUCUUCCUCAAAUACUGGCAGCCUUGAAAACUAAAUAACGUUACGUCGUUUGUAAAAAAUUUACCGGACCUCCCGAGGAUGCUGUGUUUUGUGCUGAAAUUGACACGAAGAUGCCACUAUUCAUACCUCAAAUGAUCUCUAGAAAAAAGAACCACUGUGCUUACGAAGUGCAUCAAGAUAUACCCCACAUCUGACGAUGUUCUGUAACCGAAUAAACACGACAAUGUCCGUGUUUUUGUUGCGCGUGUUUCACUUAUGUCUUUCGUUUUUUCACUGCUAAUAAAAUGGAGCCAAGCAUUUGCUAUUGCUCAGGACUCGCA